GAAAGUGAAAGUGUCGGUUGUUGUGAGGCAGGGGACAGAAGCUGGGACAAUUCCCCCCCAGACGCUUCCCCAAACCUGGCAGCUGGAAACACCAGUCCCAGGAGGGAAGAGCACUUGGGGAUGGAGGGACACGGCCCCUUCGUUGGGACCCUGCGUCCAGCUGAGACAGAGGAGACGAACCAUUCCUCACGCACACCCAGCAGGCGGCUCCAGGAGCUGGAAUUACAGGUCCCGAGCUAAGGAAUUGCACCCGAGCGUGAGCUGGGCUGCGAGGUCCAGGAACCGGGACCUCCGGUGAGGAACCAGAAUGAACGUGGGGCUGAGGAGCUGUGUGAGGCUGAUCUUCCACUUCCUGCAGGGAACAUGGUACAUCCUGGUGCUCUGCAUCCGAACUCGGAUUUGGCCGAUAUUCUUGUCCUUCACCAGGGGUUUGAAGGAUGUGGUCAAGAGGGUCUGGAGAUUGCUAUUAAGCCAAACACAUCAGAAACUGGUGCUGUUACUGCUGCCUGCAGCGAUAGGGCUCGCAGUAUUUUUCUUUCCUCAUGGGACUGUGAAUUAUGAAGCUGGAGAACCAGACCCCUUAAGUGUCGUCGACCUCCUAAGAGUGCAGGGUAGACUAGAAGCCCAGGGGAAAAUGACUGAUAAUCUGAGAACCUGCAUGGACCUCGCCCUGCAGGAAUUCAUGAGAGAACCUCCAAGCAUACAGGACAAUGCCCAGAUGCUGAUCCAGUGCAGAGGAAGGGUGUUGGAAUUUAAAUCCGGAGAUGGGAAACAUGAGAUCUACAUAUAUUACCUCAACGGGGAACCCCGGUAUGACGUGAAAGAGCCAAGAAUGGACGUGUAUCUAUCCCGGCUGCACUCCCACCCGGAACGGCUGAGUGUCGAGAACCUGCUGAAGGUGCAGAACCGACUGGAGGCCGGAGAGAAGAUGACUGAGGUGCUGAGACGAUGCUUUGAACUCACCCUGGAGAGAUUCCCCAAGGAGCCGGUGUGCCUGCAGAACAACGCCCGGCUGGUGAUCAGCACCAUGGGAAUGAGGAUGGUCUUUCUCUCUGGAAGAGGGGAGAAUGAAAUCAACGUGUAUCCCGACAACACGGGGCUCGUUCAGUAUGUGGUCAAAGUGCCGGGAUGGUUGGCCUGGGUAGCCAGGAAUAAGGUGAUCAUAGUUCUUGUUACAAUCCCAAUCUUCAUUUGCCAAAUGAUGAUCUAUCAGAAAAUUAGGCAACGUCCUUAAAAAACACUUAGCUUUAGAAAACUACGUCCACCAAACACUGAGUCCUCUGUCUCCAACCAGACAAAUUUCAAUGUUGCCAACUCUUGCGACCACAAUAUAAGGAGUUUUCCUCAAGGCCGUCUGCCAUUUAUCGGCUAGCUGAGAAUUUCAACUUCCCUUUAAAGUACAAAGUAAGUUUCUAGCUCUUACGGUAGCUGAGAGAGCCAUGGGAAUGAGACCACUAGUGGCUCAAAAUUUAGAAAUGGCAUAAACAGAAUCCAGCACAAAUACAAAACGGGGAAUGCCUGGCUAGGGGGAAGUAUUUCAGAAAAGGAUCUGGGCGUUAUAGUGGAUCACACAUUGAAUACGAGCCAACAAUGUGAUGUAUGUGCAAAAAAAAGGCUAAUAUUCUGGGGUGUAUUAACAGGAGUGUCCAAUGUAAGACACGGGAGGUAAUUGCCCUGCUUGGCACUGAUGAGGUCUCAGCUGGAGUCCUGUGUCCGGUUCUGGGCACUGCACUUAAAGAAAGAUGUGGAUAAAUUGGACAGAGUCCAGAGGAGAGCAAUAAAAGUGAUAGAAGGUUUGGAAAACCUGACCUAGUGAAGCAAAUGCCAAGACAUCUAUUGAUUUCAGGAUGUGCUGUAACAGCUCCAAAUGCAUAUUACAAAAACAUAUACACAUUAUUCCCAAGGGCUAGUCAUCGGAUGCCUGUACAUGACAAAAUUCAUUGCCAUAGAAGCAAUGGCCAGUCGUACAUCAAAAUCCAACACACACUCUUCCAUUCUGAGCAUAGUAACUAUGUAUUGACCAAGCGACAUAUGGUGAUUGUGGUACAUACCUAGUUUCCAUGCAAUCCACGGCUCCACACGCAUGUUCCAUUUGCUCUUUCGUGCUGUUCCAGCUACUUUGCAAGUACAAUUAAAAGAAUAAAAACCUUUACUUAAAAGAAACAAAACACACCUAUACUAGGCGGAAUAGUGAAAUCUGAAAGAGAGUAAGUGAAAAGGAUGGAUUGAUCCUACAGAGAUGAGGAUAUAGAUCGAUAUGAAGAGAAUGUGAGAUGUAGGUAUGAAGACACCAAGAAGAAUAAAUUAAUAAUAUGGAGGGUGCAAUAAAUGAGAGAGAAUGAAAGCCUGAUAUAGAUAGACAAGAAGAGAACAACAGUGAUCAGAUAGAUUGGUGUGGAGACACUGUGAUAGACAGAUAUGAAAAGAGAGUGAGAGAUUAGAUACGUACGGAGAGAGGGACAAAUUAAGAGAGAGAGAAAGUUAGAUAUAUAAAGAUACAAAGAGAGUGUGACAGACACAGCUGAGCAUAGAAACAUGAGAACAUAUAAGGAUGGUGUAAGUGACCAGGGCGUAGUCGGUCUGGCCUAGUGUUCACAGCUGGGCUGAGGUCUCCCCACCAUGGACAGGAGUCACCAGGGCAGAGCAGGAGGAAUUGCAAGGCCAGGUCCCAUAAACAAGAGUCAGGGUGAGGCCGGCUACCAGGUUAGAAUCCAGGGGGAAGAAUUAGGGUCAAGUCAGGCUGGAGUUAGAGACCAAAGGUCGGCAGAUGAGGUGAAGUCCAGCAGGCCAUGAGCCAUGUGGUUGCUCAAACAACUUCCUGGGCUUACUCCUGGGGUUAAGUAGGGGCACUUGGCCAAUCAGAGGGUUGCAGGGUCCUGUCAAUCUGGGUCUUGUGGGCAGUACUUCCUGCAGUGCCUACUCUGCACAUGCUCCUUAGCUAUACUAUCAUAGGGGCUCCUGAUGGCAGUGUGGGACUAUCAGCCUCCCUCAAGCUCUGUAGAUGUGGGUUCUAGUCCCCAGGUCCCCAGAAAUAGAAGGAACUGGGAAUAGCUGGGUACCUGAGAAUAGAUUAGGCUGUCUCUUUGCUCCAUGAAAAUUAUUCCAGACCAACAUAGGGUGUGAAUUUAAAGUAAAAUAACUCUGUCUGGGGA